CAUAGCGCGCAGCAUGAACGCUCUGCUGCAAAAGGAUGUGUGAACAAGCAGCGCGCUACUGCAGGGACGGCGUCCACAAACUGCUCCACAAAGAACAAGCCAAACUCCGGGCACAGGACAGCAAAGACCAGCCCAAUCCCGGGGCUCAGGACAGCGAGACAGCGACGGCUGCACAGUCCGGAAACAGCGGCACUCAGCCCGGUGGAAUAGACGGGCUCGUCCGCUGGAUAGUCACCAAGAUGAGCGACAAUAAAAGCAUCUCUACUCGGGAAUAUGUGAAGGAGGAGGCGGCGGUGGCUCAGGAGCAGUUCUUUGCACCGGAGCCCCGAAAGGGCAUUUCUGUCAUUUUGGAUAUUUUCCGGAGAGCUGAUAAGGAUGAUGAUGGAAAGCUCUCCCUUGAUGAGUUCCAGGCAUUCUUCUCUGAUGGAACUCUGAAUGAAGAGGAGCUGGAAAAACUGUUUCACACCAUUGACUCUGAUAACACCAGUAAUGUUGACACCAAGGAACUAUGCGACUACUUUGCCAACCACAUGGGGGACUAUGAAGGUGUUCUGGCCUCCCUAGAGACACUCAACCUGGCCAUUCUCAAAGCGAUGGACUUCACCAAAAAGGUAUAUGAACGUGGAACUAAUGUUGAGCAGUUUGUGACCCGCUUCCUGUUGAAGGAAUCAGCCAGUCAGAUCCAGUCUCUGCUGAACUCUGUAGAGAGUGCUGUGGAUGCCAUUGAUGAGCAGCAUUCAUCAGUGGGAUCCUACCCUAGUAAGACCAGCCCACGCGUCCCAGAUAGGCGCUAUGAGGCCCCAGUGCCAGAUUAUCCUCCCAACAACAGAGUCAGUGCAAAGGAGAGCAUGAGGAACAUCAACACAGGUGCAGGAGCUGUGGAGGGGAGAAAAGAAGGACUUGAGGCACAGAUCAGUCGACUGGCUGAGCUAAUUGGACGUCUGGAGAAUAAGACAGUUUGGUUUGACCUACAUCAGCGACUAACAGACACUGAUGGCACAACUAGCGCAUCUCUUUACCUGAUCCGCCAGGAGAUGAAAGUUUCCCAGAAGCAGCUGGGAGAGUUCUGCGAGGCCCUGAAACAAUACCUGAAGAAUGUGUCUGCUCAGAGAGACUGUUUCCAUGUGACGGCUGUGCGGCUGCCUGACGGCCUUUCCUUUGUGGUGUAUGAGUUCUGGGAUGGAGAGGAGGAAUGGAAGAGGCACGUUCAGACUGCAGCUUGCAAGGCUUUCCAGCAUGUGAAAGUGGAUACUCUGUGCCAGCCCGAGGCUGUGUCCGCUGUCGCUGUGCCUGCCGCCUGGUGCAGCUUGAACAGAGACUGAGAAGCCAGCCGGUCUGCAGGUGGAAUGGUCCCGCCUUAUGCCUGAAAACCUUCUCUUCUUCUCCUCUUCCUCCCUCUGUCACAGUCCCUGCUAUCUUAACUACCCCCACCCCUUUCUCUCUGUGCUCUCCCCACUCUGUCUCCUUCUUUUUGUAGUUACUUGUUUACACAG